AUGUAAAUCUCUGUGCUCGCCCCAACCCCCUGAUCGACUUUUUAUAACCCCUCCUCAGUUCAUCCUCACUCUCUCACCCGUCUGCUAAAAUAAACUCAGUGAGCUCAGUGCUGGAGGCAUCCCCACUUCGGGUUUUUACAGACUGGUCCUGGUCCACUGAGAAGUGGGAGAACUGAGGCUGGAAGCAUCUCAGGUCUGGUCCAGGAGAAAGUACCAGAACCACUGAGACUGGCUCAAAAACGGAGGGAACAGGAAGCAAAGUGUGCAACGGCUGAGGAUGAUGCAUUCGGGGCUGGAUGAAGUGACCAAGCAGAGGAUGUUGCAGGCUAAGGUUCUGUCUCAGGAGGCCAGAGGAGGUUUGAACUUGGGGAAGAAGAUCAGUGUUCCUAAAGAUGUGAUGAUCGAAGAGCUCAACCUUUCCUCUAAUCGAGGCUCCCGCAUGUUUCAGGAGAGACUGAGGAGAGCCGAGAAGUUUACCUUGGAGAACGCCUCCGGCAGCGCUUACAUCAAUGUUCAUCUUGAGGCUGAUCCUCCCCAGCAGAUAGCCCUAGAGCCACAGGGAGGAAAAGAGAACCAGGCUUUCUCCAUCCCCGGUAAGCAUAGCCUGAUCAUGAACCUUCAGAAGACUGUAGCAAAGAAGGGCUGUCCCGAUGUCCUUGCUCCAGGAUAUUCAAGACCAUUAAAGCAAAUUCCCCAUGAGAAGUUCAACACAACCGUAAUCCCAAAGUCCUACUGCUCCCCAUGGAGGGAAGCUUUGGGAGACGAGGAGGUUUUGAACGCCCUCAACACCCAGCUGCCCCAAGUCCCACAAAGACAACAGCCUGCCAACUACAGGUGCUUCAACAGAUCUCCUAUGCCAUUCGGGGGCAUGAUGGCCAGCAAGAGAGUGAUUCCAGUGAUUGGCUUUGAGGCUCUGGAGUCCCAGAAUCUUCCUGGUGAGACACUGGACCGGAUGUGCCAAAGACCCAACUUCAACAGAGCGCCCAGAGGAUGGGGAUUCGACUUCAGCCCCGAGUCUAAUGAACUCUGAUGAGAAGUUAACAAGCUACAGACUGGAACACAAACCUCCCACAAGGCCAUCGCUCUGCUCAUCAUAAGAUUUGUUUGAUGGUAGAUUUAUACAAGUUUGAGAGGAAUCCAUCCCUGGUUUGUCAGUCUUACAGAUCCUCACCAACUUACCCAACAACCUGCUUCUCGCUAUUCUGCUUUUAUUUUUUUCUCAACAAAAACACAAACCCACCAACUUCUCUGCAGGGAUAAAACACACAAAGAAUAGCUGACCUAACUGAAUAAUUUUAAUGAUUUGAAAACAUUCAAAGAAACUCUUACAAUGAUUUAAGAUGUUGAAUGUCAAGAAUGUGUCAAAUAAAAAAGUACA